AGUUUUCUGUCACCUACAUCUCCGUCGACUACUUGGGUGACUGCUAUGCGUGACAAACUGCCUCGGUUUUCAUCGCAUCCAAUUGUUUCGGUGAUCGGCUACCCUGGAUCGAAACUCAAUCGGUGUCAUGUCGGGAAGUCAUGUUUAAUCCACCGGUUCCUCUCACACACACCUUACCGUGAAGAUCAUUUAUCGAUACUAGAUUUCUCUGAAUUCGAUUCCGAAGUUGUUGCUGGUUCGCACUGGUUAUUCUGGGGUUAUUCGGACGUUUUUCUUUUCGAUGAUGUUGCUGCUCGAGUGCAAAUAAUCGAACAAUGCGAAUUCAUAGAUGAUCAUCUUUUCGCUCCAUUUAUGUCCAACCGGAUCUAUCGUGAAAGGUGCACCUCACGAACGUUGACCUUGAGCACUCGCAAGCUGGCUUAUAUUUGUAAAGACCAGUUAGGUCAUGAAGAGUCGUUUGCGCGUUAUUACCUUGAACCGGGAUGCUAUGGUGUUUCCGCCUUCAUUUGUGUUUACGAUGUUACUCUAUCCGGUUCACCGGCCUUCCACCAAGCCGUGUUUCUUCGAUACGUCCUUCACGAGCUAUCUUCUGCUAACGUGCCUCUCGUAUUGGUUACGUCGAAACACGAUUCUGGACCAUCGGAAAGUGCCAUUUCCCUCUUGGAAUCUUCACUGAAAGGCAUUAGCAAUCGCUGGUUAAAAAGAAACUUCUGUAUAGUAGAAACUUCUUCCAGAAGGAAUGUGAAUGUUGACAAGGCCUUCUAUUAUGCCACUGCUGCUGCGUCUGGUUGUCUUUACGAGAUCAAACGUGGCAGUAGAUUCCACUUCAAUAACGCGGACCGACUGCUUCGAAGCGUCCUACUCCGCCUCCUACACUUUUCCAGCAACAAAAUUCCUUCAUGUGGCCAUCACUCACGCAAAUCUGCCGACCCUCUUUUGUCUUCCUUGUUUGCCGAUGCCACUGAUUCGUUCCGUCUGGCAUGCGCUACCACCCAAGGUCCAGAGUGCAAAUCGAAACCCCAGGAAAUACAAUGUUUAAGUUAUGGCUCAUCUCUAGGCUAUCGUCCAACUGUACGUCCAGAAGUGACCACUGUUUCGCGCACUUCCCUACUCUCGAAGAAUUCAGCUCUAGACCAUUUCGAUCAUCUCGCACCAGGCGAUGUCUGCUCCUCUCUUGUCCUCCAUGGCAAUGAGUUGGCUGCAGCCAUGAAAAAUGACCAGCUGGACGCAGAUCCAGACUGUCCGAAAUUCGCCACAAUCCAAGUUGCCGGCACAACAUCUACAGUAGUCAAUUUCAGUCGAAGAUCAUCGCUACCCUUGUUCACCGCCACCAAGUUGGCCACACGUGCUUUAUUCGCACACCUCAUCACCUUCGCAACCAAAGAGAGUGCUUUUUUCCAAAUUGCCGGAAAAGUCAACCCCGCAACUUCAAGCCAACUCUUGUCUGCGGUUUGGACCUUCGGGCUCAGCGAUCACUUCUCGAUUGUCCCAAAAUUGCUGCAGGACUUCCAAACCGAUUCGUCUCCUACCUCCAGCUGCACACCACUCCAUGCCACUCUGAUCUCAUUCCCUCUUGGCCAUGUGCCUCACAAUUCGGUCUUCUCCGACCGCCGCAUUUUCUGCGGACUCCCACCUUUACCAUCCACCACAAACGCCCUGACCUCCACCGAAGGAGUAGUUAACUCAAACCUGGCUGCCGUUCACUACAUAUGUCUGCCACAGUGGGCUGACAUUCAUCGGGAUCUAGAGCUACUUGGAUCCUCUGACGAUUCGUUGAACGUGUUAUUUGUUCAUUUUCUUUUUUCCGCCUGGCCCGCAGUGGAGGAUCAACUCACGGAUUUUCUCGACUCGUUGUUGCUUGAACUUUCACACCCAUCUCCCCCUCAAAGUGAAGGUAGCCGCUCGCUGUCAUUGAACUGUAUAGUCGUCAUCGCGUUGCCCGACUCCGCCACAUCUAUGGAUGACCGUCUGAUGUCCUCUGACCUUUGUGCUGGACCGACUUGUCUACGGAGACUAGCCAAAAGGCAUCGUGUCCAACUCGUUCCGCUUCUACAGUCCGUCAUCACGUUGGACGAUGAGGAAAAUUGUUCCCCCGUGCCUCGCACUGUCCCAUCUCCGCAUGUGUCUAUACCUCCUUCCGUUGCCAAUCUUCGCAAACCUCUUCUGAUUGUUUUGUCCAUGUUAUCUGAUUACACGAACGAAGCUGUUCAUCGUGGUUUACUUCAAGAACAUUCUGCUUUGUGGCCCAAGAUACUUCAGCUACUUGAGGCAGCUGAGUCUGAUGGGAUCAGUGCAGUCAAGGAAUUUACCGCGGUUUUACACCAAAAGACUGUGUCAGAUACACAUUGUCCGCCCACUGAUAAAUCCCCGGUCAUCAAUAAUCCCCUGCAGCAACCCAUUAUUGUCACCUCCGAACCUCAUCCUCCAUCGUUCUCGUUUACCGAUCUCCAGAGACUUCCAAGCUCGACACUGGUAGCUCUACCAUGGUUACCGCUCAAUCCCUUGGAUGCAAUCCGUCUUCCCACGUCGAGAUUUCCUGGUUUCUCUCAUCCCAAAUCUCUCAAUCCGCCAUACUCACCAGCCGUGUACAGCCGCCCAUCAUUCCCAAUUCAAUCAAAAACUACCAAAGCAGAAUUCUCUUCCUCCCUGGACGAGUAUUAUGACGAACUCCCUAACGUGCCCCGCAGGAAAGUCUUCACCAUAGAACAACUCCGGAGACGUAUUAACCGCCCAAAACGUCCGCAUCCUCAAAAAAGUUUCACGUUUUUCCAGUCCUCUUCCCUUCCUUUACCGGAUCAUAUGUUGCCCACUUCAGUAUCUCAACUCCACAUGGCCCCGAUGCAUUCCGUUCACAACUUCCCUAAUUACAGUGUUUUAUGGCCUCAGUUACAUUCAUGUGCACCGCCUCACUGGCCAUGGGAAUCCGACGGUGGAGUAUACGCUGAGGUCAAUGAUGCCCUCGUCUCCGAAGAUUCCUCUGUUUCGACACCACUCCCACCAUCCUUUUCCUCUGUUGCUUAACUGACAACUCUGCGCUUUUCUAACGCCUUUGUUAUCUCACUUCAAAUGCUUGUUCACUUAGCUUCUCAACUGUGCUGAACGCGUAAGUUGCGCACUCCAGAUUCCGCAAACAUUCUAUGGUACAUGUAUAUACUUCUUUUCUGUGAAUCAGAAAAUUGACCCUGUUUGUGUAUUGAUCGUAUUCCCUGUCAACCUCAGUCUAUCAUGCAAUCGACUGCACGACAGCUGAUGUUUUUGCCAAAAAUGUCAUCUCUUUGCCCAUGGGUCCUUUUGGCGUUUUGUUUUGUCUUUGUCCCCCAUUCUUUGUAACAGUACCCACUGACUGCAUCGUAUAUAAUCAUACAGUCUUUCAAGCAGUCUCCAUAAUCAUUCUGAUUCGACUCAUUCUGUCUGGGCUUUCACGAAUCGUCGUCUUUUCGUUAUGUUUGUUGCCUCUCCCCAUUAACCGUUUAUUGCUGUCCAGAUCUAUCUUUCUCGCUUUUUGUCCUUGUCAAUAGUAAAUCUCUGUUGCUUUCACCACAUACAAGCUUCUGAUCACUCAGAUUCCA